UACACCAUACAUUUUAUUGAAAAAAAAACACACAUCUACAUCUACAUCUACGGUGUGCCAAAACACUAGUUUCAGGAUUAAGUGUCAUGUAAACCAAUGCCUAUCUCGACCUUUAAAUUCUAUGGACUGGAAUUAACCUGGCGCUCUGAUUUCUUGGUCAUGAAUACUUCACAGGGAUCCAUGUCAUAUUCUGCAACUUCUUCUUCUUCUUCUUCUUCAUUUUUUAGCCCCUCUCGGUGCAACUUACGCACGAUAAUUGCAAUUUGCAUACAGUCCCAAGAAUUUUUCAUGCAGGUAUCAACAACCACUCAAAACCAUUGAGUGCACAACUCAUCAUUGCUUCCAAUGCUAACUGUAUCCAUCCCAUUCCUAUCUUUAUCACCAAAAAACAAAAACAGUAAGAACACUAUAAAUACCCCAUGAUGCCAGCCUCUUUCCUUCCCCUUCCUCCUCUCCUCUCCUCUCCUGUCCUCCCGUUCUGUACUUCUAAUUCCUAAAGCUCUAAACUCCUCCAUGCCGUUCAAUUUCACGAUCUCCUCCUCCUCCUCUGGCAAGACUGAUACAUGAUAAAUCACUCACGCACAAAUAAACGAUUAUCCACUUCAUCCCACCUCAUCUCCACCACACUCCUCAAUCAAUUCCUGACAAAUAUAUCCACAUCCUCUCACUUUCAGUAACCACAAAAGAAAAAACACGGCCCCCCUACUUCCCAGAAGAAUUAGCACGACAAAACAAAGAAAAUACUACUACGACAUUCCAGAAAAAGGAGAACCGUACAAUCAUCAAAAUGGAUCAUCUCAAAUUUGUAAUAUCAGCCAGUGAGGCUGAAUCAGUGGCCCAAUCGUUAGGUUUCCCCUCCGUCCUCCACCUCCUCCCCACCUUGGUUCAACCGGCCCAGUCCCUUGCUCGUCCUCCCAUCUCCAAAUUCCCCGUCGGGGCCGUCGGCCUCGGCUCCGACGGCCGCGUUUUUAUAGGCGUCAAUCUCGAGUUUCCUGGUCUCCCCUUAAAUCAAUCCGUCCACGCAGAGCAGUUCCUCUGCAACAACCUCGCCGUCCAUGGCUGCCCUCGCCUCAUUGCUCUCGCCGUCUCCGCCGCCCCUUGUGGCCACUGCCGCCAGUUCUUCCAAGAACUCCGGGAUUCUUCCUCUCUCCAAAUCCUCAUCACCUCCGACCACCCAAAUCAAAACUUUUCAAAAUCUCCCCUCCCCUUUAAGCCAUUGCCGGAAUUCUUAACCAACCCAUUUGGCCCCUGUGAUCUGUUGGAUAAAGAAUCUCCCCUCCUCCUCGAACCCCAUAGCAAUGGGCUAUCUUUUGAUACCUCCCGAAAACACGCAAAUUUGUGCAAUGGAUAUUCAAAAGAAUCCGAACUUGAUGGGAACUUUAAAAAUUUAAGCAAUGGGUUUUACGGAGACUUGGAAGAAAGUGAGGCCCUUCUGAGGAUAGAAGCAUUGGAGGCUGCCAACAAGUCACAUGCACCGUAUAGCGGGUGCCCAUCCGGGGUGGCCCUGAUGGAUCCCGAAGGGAAGGUGUACAGGGGAUCAUAUAUCGAGUCUGCAGCAUAUAAUCCGAGUUUGGGGCCGGUUCAGGCUGCACUGGCGGCGUAUAUAGCUUGGGGAGGAGGUGGAUACGAGAGGAUUGUGGCGGCAGCUCUGGUGGAGAGGGAAGGUGCUAAAGUCAGUCAUGAGGAUACUGCGAGGUUGCUGUUUAAGAGGGUCUCACCUAAGUGUGAGUUUAGGGUGUAUCAUUGCUCUUCUGUUGAGAAUGGAUGUAAAAAAUCUUCAGAAUGAUCUGAGGUAGCAAAUAGUAUUCAGGGUCGAUGUUGUGAUUGAAUUGCCUGCAAUUGUGGAUUUUGUACGUCAGAUAUCUCUAUCGGAAGUGAAGGGAUGAGUCAAUAAUAUUUGAGAAUCUAAUAAGUUCUUCGUUUCUAUAAAUUUUUGUUUUUGGUGUGUGUGUGUUUCCUGUUUUCAUGGCAUCCUAGUUGCAUAGGCUAUAUGUGUAUCAUUGCAAUUGCUAUGUGAUCUCUUCACUUGAACUCGCUCCUACUCCCUGCGCUUAUGGAUAGUGAUCCCAAUAUAAACUAGAGUUUCGAAGGAAUAGAAUUUGAAAAAGCUUAGCAUCUGCUGAUUCACAGAUCAAUCCCGGAUGACAACUGGUGCGGCCGUGCAGGUAUAGCCGUACAAGUAAAGCAUGACUCUGUUAUUAUUGUCUGCGGACCAGUUAAUGUUGUUUGAGGUGUAUAAUUACUAAAUAAUUAGUAAUUUUAUUAUGCUUAUGAGGAGUUGUGGGAUAAUUUGGUUGGAGGUAGAGCAGUCUGAGUAGGAUCUCCACUAUCUGAACUUUUACAAAGCUAACUAUUUGUGGCAAGCUGAAGUGGACAAAUCCACCACUUUUUGUAUAUGAGAUGAGCUGCAAAAUCCUAUCUAUAACUUCACAGUAAGCCCAGUAACAUAUUUUCAGCUACGCAGAAAGCAGAAAGCAGGGGACAAAGAUGAAGGAGGAAGAGUUAGUGGUGCUGGUGCAAAUUGUUGUUCUAAGACGAUACAAAGUUUCUGCACCCCACUCUUGGCCACUUGACAACAUGCAUAAAACUCAUUUGACUGUCUUCUAGCCCUUGCAACUUAAAGAAGCAGCAGGAAACAGUAAUUAGACAGUAAGAAUGGGCUGAAGGAGUGGAUUUUAGGAGAUAUGAAUGCUGUAGCUUUCUCCGGGUUGAGCACCUUGAUUUUGAAGUGCAAGAAAGUUCUGGUUAAGCUGUCAAUUUUUCGAGGCUAUCAUUGAGGAGAGGAACCAGGUGGCUUUUGGACACUUUUCACAUGAAAAUGCUCUCCUACCUGGUUCUACAACCACCCAAAACCAAAAGAAUGUGGGUCAAAGAAGUGCUAGAAUCCGUCACGUUUCUGUUUGAUUCCUAGGUGCCGUGUGGGGCUUUUUUGACACUUCGACUGGGAAUUCUUACCCGUUAUGCAAUGUUUAAGGUGGUGAUGCAUGGUUGACCGAGUAAAGCGUAUGGGAGGCAUAUGAAGGUCCUGGGAAGCCCUCUAGUUAUAAAAUGCUACUCGAAUUUCUUUUUUGCCAAUUAGGUCGAUUGAUGGUCGAGCUUGACUAAAUCAACAUCUGGCCUGGCGUUUAAUAAUAUAUGUGUGCUAUUUAGCAUAUUCUUUGCUCUAGAAUUGUAGUGAACGCAGAAUUGCAGCGUGUACUAAUGAAUUCUCUCUCUUUCGCA